AUGCCUACGAAGUGUAGCAAUUUUGCCUACAGAUUGGCAUCCUUCACAUCAGAUAGCAUUCGACAGGAUGGCAUGAGGAGAUUGGGCGGCCACCAGCAGCAGAUGCCACAAAGUAUGUCAACUGGCAGCAACACAAUCGGCCAUGGCGGCAUCGAUCGUGGCGGCGGCGGCGUCGGCAUGCCCAUGGGCGCUGGCACUAUGCCCGGCGGCGUGGGCGUGGGUCAAGUGGGUGGGCCGCAAGUGCAGGUCGGUCCGCCGGGCGGCGUUGGUCCCGGCCAGCAUUGCCAGAUAAGCGGCUCACAGCCAUUGGUAAUGCCAGGCUUCCCAUUGCGUAACUCGCAUUCAGCGCAUGCACCGCACUAUUCGCCAUAUUCACCAUCCAGGUUUCACAUAGAUAAGCGCUGUCAGCACCGAUGUUCCUGGAAAUGCUUGAGCAUCGCCUUAAUAUUCAUAUCCGUCGUCCUAACCGCCAUGUUGGCAUACUUUGCAGCAGUCAGCGCAAUGAAACCAAACAUGGACAGCUCGAACUGCAUACUAGUCCAAGAUGUCAAAUCGCAGCCGCAUGAUCUACGCGGCGGCGCUAAAACUGGCGACAAGACCCAAACCGCUUAUCCCACUGAAGAAUCGAUACAGACCAGCACCUCGGAUCAUGGCAGCAAUGGCAACGCAGGCGCCGCUGGUGGCGGCAACGGCGGCAUACAAACGGCUACGGGCAUACAGCAGCAACUGUUGCUGCAACAGCAGCAACCACAUGCGAUAAACCAACCGCUGACACCACUGGACGCCACCAAUACGCAACUGCAGGAUCAACUGACCUAUGGCGGCGCACCGAACGUUGGACUGGGCGCACAGCAGCACAAUCUGCUGCUGCCAGGACAAUUUGCAGGACAGUUGGGACAGCAAUCGGGCGUGGGCCUAAGCACUGGACGCUGGCCACAGGUUGUCGAGCUUAAGGACUUUGGUGAGCUCUAUCAUGCCAACAUACCCGCCUAUCAGUUCUGGACUCUGGAGUUUCGCAACAAGCAUCCGGCAUUCAUACGCUUCAACUUUACGCUGCCCUGGGGCGCGCACUUUGCCGUCUACUCGCGUCGCAAUGUGGCGCCCUCGGUGACGCAGCACGACUUUGUGGAGUUCAUCAAGGGCGGACGCUUGGACAGUCAUUUGCGUCAUCGUCGCGAUGCGUUCAACGAGUCGAAGCCGCAAAUACCCAAGGAUCUGAAUCUGAUUGACAUCUAUGAUGAGGAGGCGCAGCAGCAGCUGUUCAAUCCACAGCCGCGCGAACAGCAGCAGCAGCAGCGUCGCCAUAGCUAUAGCUAUGAGUAUGAGUUGGAUCAGGUGCGUCGCCAGCCGCAAUUUCAUCAGCAGCAGCAGCAGCAGCAGCAACUCGAUGAGUUGGACAGUCGCGAGCAGAGCAGCGAUGAGGAUCAGCACAUCAAACAGGAUUCGCUUGAGUAUUUCGAUGUUGAGACGCCCUUGGAUACCGUUAAGCAGCAUUAUCAUCGCAAUGCCCCCAAUAGCGCCGACUAUGCGCAUCAGCUGACCAAACGCUCCGCUGCGGAUGUGGCCAACGGUUUGCCCGCGCUCGAUAUGGAUGCCAUGACCGUUAACGUUUCGCUGCUGCAAUAUUUGGACACUGGUCUCUGGUUCAUCUCCGUUUACAAUGAUGAGCUGGUCGCCCAUUCGGUGUCGCUGCUUGCCGAGGAGGCCGAAGGCGUCAGCACCACUUGCUAUGCACUUCUGCUUCUUUCUGCUCUCUUUGCAGGCGUUUGUCCGGUACUCUGCUCGGCUCAUGGACACUAUGGCGGCGGCGUCUGCCACUGCGAGGACGGCUGGAAGGGCGCCGAGUGCGACAUUCCUGUGGGCGAAUGCGAGGUGCCCAAUUGCUCCAGCCAUGGACGCUGCAUUGAGGGCGAUUGCCACUGCGAGCGCGGCUGGAAAGGACCCUAUUGCGAUCAACACGAUUGCCUUGAUCCAUUGUGCUCGGGACAUGGCACCUGUGUGGCUGGACUCUGUUACUGCAAGGCGGGUUGGCAGGGCGCCGACUGCGGCACCAUUGAUCAGCAAGUGUAUCAAUGCCUUCCAGGCUGCUCCGAGCAUGGCACCUACGACUUGGAAACCGGACAAUGCGUUUGCGAGCGCCACUGGACUGGACCUGAUUGUUCACAAGCCGUUUGCAGCUUGGACUGUGGCCGCAAUGGAGUCUGCGAGUCCGGCAAGUGUCGUUGCAAUGUGGGCUGGACGGGCAAUUUGUGCGAUCAGCUGCCCUGCGAUACGCGCUGCUCGGAGCAUGGACAAUGCAAAAAUGGCACCUGCGUUUGCUCCCAGGGCUGGAAUGGCAGGCACUGCACACUGCCUGGCUGUGAGAACGGCUGCUCUAGACAUGGACAGUGUACGCUGGAGAAUGGAGAAUAUCGCUGCGAUUGCAUUGAAGGCUGGGCCGGCAGCGAUUGUUCCAUUGCAUUGGAAAUGAAUUGCAAAGAUAAUAUUGAUAAUGAUGGUGAUGGCAUGACAGACUGCUCGGAUAGCGAAUGCUGUUCGCAUCCUGCCUGCUCGGAGCACAUUAUGUGCCUGUCCUCCAACGAUCCCGUCGAGGUGCUGCUACGCAAGCAGCCGCCCUCGGUGACAGCCUCGUUCUAUCAGCGCGUCAAGUUCCUGAUUGAGGAGAAUUCGGUACAGUCGUAUGCACAUAUGGAUGAGUACAGCGAAAAUCGCGUUUCGGUGAUGCGCGGUCAGGUCAUCACACCCCAAGGACUCGGCAUUGUUGGCAUACGCGUCUCGGUGGAUCGGGAUGCGCGCUUUGGAUUCACGCUAACUCGUCAAGGCGGCUGGUUCGACGUAUUGGUGAAUGGUGGCGGCGCAGUCACCUUGCAAUUCCAACGCUCACCCUUCCGUCCCUUGACGCGCACCGUCUUUGUACCCUGGAAUCGCAUUGUGGUGCUGCCGCCGGUGCAGAUGCAGCUCAGCGACGACGAUGAGGCCACCAAUCGCAAUAUCAAAGUGGCACCGCUUAAUCCAGCGCUGACGUUCCUCAACUCCAUACAUUAUCAUACGGCGGAUGAGGCAAACGAUGCCAGCAAGAUUUGCAUGGAUCAUGACCAUGAGAAGCUUAAGCCGCAGCUGAUUAGCACUUGGAUGCCCAAUGGCGUGGGCGCCAUGCCCGGCAAACGUGUCAUCUUUGCCGAAACCCAGAUUGUGCAAGAGUCCAUACAAAUUCCUGGCUCUGAUCUGCAUCUAACCUAUCAAUCGUCGCAAGCUUCGGGUUAUCUUAGCAUUGUGCGCAUGCGUCUCACCUCAGCGAACAUACCGCAGACGCUGACGCAUGUGCAUGUGGGCGUGGAAAUCGAGGGCGCACUGCAUGUGAAGACCUACGAGGCAGAUCCGAAUCUCAUACACACAUUCGCUUGGAACAAACGCAACGUUUAUCGGCAGAAAGUCUAUGGCGUGACUAUAGCACGCAUUAGCGUUGGCUAUCAGCAUACGACGUGCCAGACUCCGGUGUGGAUAACACAGACGGCGAAGCUGCAAGGCUACGAUGUGGACAUAUCGGAUAUUGGCGGCUGGGGCUUGGAUAUACAUCAUCACUACAAUUUCCAUGAGGGUAUACUGCAAAAGGGAGAUGGCAGCACCCUGCACAUGAAGGAAUAUCCACGCACGGUUAAGGUGGUCAUGGGCACGGGACUGCAGCGUCCGCUCAACUGUCCGGACUACUGCAAUGGCAUAGCCAAGGAUGCCAAGUUACUCACGCCCAUUGCGCUGGCCACUGGACCGGAUGGUAGUCUCUAUGUGGGUGACUUUAAUCUGGUGCGUCGCAUUACACCCGACGGCAAGGUGUUUACCAUUUUGCAGCUGAGCGCUACCCAAGUGUCCUAUCAAUAUUAUUUGGCUGUGUCGCCCGCCGAUGGGCAUUUGUAUAUAUCCGAUCCGGAACGACAUCAAAUCUUGCGACUGCUGCGCUUGGAGAAGGUUAAGGACCCGAGCAUUAAUAGCGAACCCGUGGUGGGCAGUGGUCAACGCUGCAUUCCCGGCGAUGAGGGCAACUGCGGUGAUGGCGGCGCUGCGCUGCAAGCGCGUCUAAGUCAUCCCAAGGGAUUGGCUAUUGCUGCAGAUCGCACCAUGUACAUUGCCGAUGGCACCAACAUACGCGCCGUUGAUCCCAAGGGUGUCAUACAUACGCUCAUCGGUCAUCAUGGUCAUCACAAUCACUGGAGUCCGGCACCCUGCACUGGCACCUUGAUGGCCAAUCAGGCGCAGCUGCAAUGGCCCACAGGGCUGGCGCUCAGUCCACUCGACGGCUCGCUGCACUUUAUCGACGAUCGUUUGGUGCUCAGAUUGACCUCGGACAUGAAGAUUCGUGUGGUGGCCGGCACGCCGCUGCACUGCAGCAACAGCGCGCAGGACAGUCGUGUAAACAAAACAGCUACGGACAAUGUGCUGGGCACUGUUUUGGCCAUGGCCUUUUCGCCAUUCGGAGAUCUUUAUAUAGCGGACAGCGAUUCGAGACGCGUCAAUUCCAUACGCGUUGUCAACACUGCAGGCAACAUGCGCUACUUUGCCGGCAAGCAGGAGGGAGCGGGCUCGCAAAGCUGCGAGUGUCUGUCUGGUGGCAGCAAUGGCUCCAGUUCGACGGCUGUGGGUGGUGCACAUGGCGGCGCUUACUCAACGACCGUGAAUCCGACACGCAAUAAUGGCGGCACCACACCAACAACACCAGCUGGCGGAAACGGAAAUAAUGGCAGCGCCGCCGGCGGCACUUCUACUGCUAAUGGCAACGGCGGCAGCGGCAGCGGCGGCGCUUGCAUUUGCCCCAAUGGCAACAGCGGCAGCAACAGCAACGCUGGCGGCGGCAGCAAUUCGGGCACCCUUGCCAACAUCGUCGCCGGUGGCAGCCUAAUGUCCACCGGACCCACCACCACCACCACUGUGCUGCUGGGCGCCAAGACAACAUCUGGCGUCGCUGGCUCCGCUCUGGGCACAGGCGCCACCCUCAACGACGACGGAACUUUGAGCAAUGCCGAAACUCUGCUCUCCUCCAAUGCGCGCUUCCAGGCCAUAUCAGCGAUUGCCGUCGCUCAGGACGGCGUCAUCAAUGUGGCCGAUCAAGGCUCAUUGCAUGUUCUGGCUUUGGAGCAUUACUUGCCGUCGCAUGAUGAGAACGGUGAAUUCCAUAUUCCGUUUCCGCCCUCAAGCGAGAUUUACGUCUUCAAUCGCUAUGGACAGCAUGUGGCUACCAAGGAUUUGACGUCGGGCAAGACACGCUACAGUUUUCUCUACUCCAAGAACACGAGCUUUGGCCGCCUGUCGACGGUCACCGAUGCGUCCGGCAAUAAGAUACAAUUCCUGCGCGACUACAGCAACGUGGUGAGCUCGAUAGAGAAUACGCAGGAUCACAAGUCGGAGAUACAGAUCAAUGGCAUUGGCAUUAUGACAAAGCUGAGCGAGAAGGGCAGACAGGAGAUAGAGCUGGACUAUGAUAGUAAUACGGGUCUAUUGAAUUCGCGUUCGUCGGGCGGAGAAACUUAUAUAUAUCAAUAUGAUGAGUUUGGACGUGUGACGGGCAUGAUAUUGCCAAGCGGUGAAAUUGUGCGCAUUACAUCGCAGCUGGCGGAUAAUAAGGGACUAACUGUCUAUGUGCAUGCGUCGGUCGAGUCGCUGUUCUCACGCGAACGCAUCGCUGGCGCCGAGGCGAAUGAGCUGCUGGUGCUGGGCGGCGUGCGUUCGACAUAUCUGAAGCGUGGACUCUCGCAUGCGGAUGCGGAGCUGAAGGCGAACAAUACGCUGGUUAUACAUGGUGCGAAUGGAGUGUUGGUGGAGGCUUCGGCGGUGGCGCGACAUCCGCUGCUGGAGGCAGCGCUGCCUGUUGAGGCUGAAAUGCUUGCCAUGUGGUCACAUCAGAGCGUCACCAUGGGCGAUGGGCUGACCAAUUCCAUGUACUCCGUUUACAAUUUGGUGGGCGAUGUGCGCAAUCCGCAGCAAACGCUAAAUCGCGAGAUUUGGGUGAAUCACUCGCGUGUCAUUGGCGUGGAGUUUGAUCAGUUUACGAAUCGUGAGACCUUCUACGAUGCUCAGCGUUUGCCCAUCCUGAUUGUUGCCUACGAUCAGUCCGGCUUACCCAAGUCGUAUUAUCCAGCCAAUGGUUAUCCGGUGAACAUAACCUACGAUCGCUUCAAUCGCGUCGAGGGCUGGGCCUGGGGUCCCGCCGAGCUCAAGUACAGCUACGAUAGACAUGGUCUGCUCUCGGAGAUUACCUCACAGCAGGAUGGCAUCAUAAGCUUUGUCUACAACGAUUGGAAUCUGGUGUCCGAAAUUGGUUUGGCCUCGCAGCGCAAGUUUGUGCUCAAGUACGACGAUGCGGGUGGACUGCGUCAUGUGGUGUUGCCCUCGGGUACGCGCCACAGCUUCAGCAUGCAGACCAGCAUUGGCUUCAUACGUUGCACCUACACCCCGCCGGGCAGCACGCGCGCCUAUCUGCAGCACUACAGCCAUGCGGGCGCUUUGCUUCAAACCAUUUUGCCUGGCGAUGGGGCGCGCAUCGUUUAUCGCUACAAUGCCGCGGGUCAGCUCACCGAGGUGGUGCACGGCGAUGGACGCAGCGAGUUCCAGUACAACGAACUCAGCGGCAUGCCCAGCACAGUUUCGCAUGCGGAGCGCGAAUUGGAAUAUCGCUGGGACUUUGAGUACUCCGCUGGCUUGCUCACCGAGGAGCGCAUCGAUUAUGUUGCCAAAACGGGUUUGAGCAAUGCCAAGUUUAGCUACGAGUACGACUCUCAGCUGCGCGUUGUUGCGCUCCAAGGACGCAUUGGUGGCCAGAGCCUGCCCAGCUUAAGCUAUGCCUACGAUCGCCGCACCGGUCAGCCCAGUCUCAUUGCUCAGUUCAAGUUUACGCGUCCGGCGCUCAAUCAAACUCAGCUGCACGACGGCACCGCCAGCUUCACUCGCACCGUCGAUGGUCGCUUCCAAACCGCUCGCAUGGCCUUGGCCAUUCAUCGCCUCGAGGUCUUCCGCAUGGAGUUCAGCUAUGGCGUCCAUGGACGCAUUGCCCAGACGCGCACCUAUACGCGCAACAUGGCCGUCAAUAGCUACACCAAUGUCAAGAACUACACCUGGGACUGCGAUGGGCAGCUGGUGGGUGUGGAGGCUCAAGAGCCUUGGGGCUUCCGCUACGAUGACAAUGGCAAUUUGCUCUCCCUCACUUAUCGCGGCAACACCAUUCCCAUGGAAUAUAAUGCACAGGAUCGCAUUGUAAAGUUCGGUGAGGGUCAGUACAAAUACGAUGCGCGUGGUUUGGUGGCGCAGAAUGCGCGAGAGGAGCGUUUCCACUACAAUACGCAGGGACUGCUGGUGCGCGCCUCGAAGCGCGGACGCUUCGAUGUGCGUUACUACUACGACCAUCUGAAGCGUUUGACCACACGCAAGGACAACUUUGGCAAUGUCACGCAGUUUUUCUAUACGAAUCAGCAGCGACCGUAUGAGGUUAGUCAGAUUUACUCGCCACGCGACGGCAAACUGAUGUCGCUGACCUACGACGAUGAGGGGCAUUUGAUCUAUGCGCAGGUCUAUCGACACAAAUAUUAUGUGGCCACCGAUCAGAGCGGCACGCCGCUGAUGCUGUUCAAUCAAUAUGGCGAGGGUAUAAGGGAGAUAAUGCGCUCUCCCUUUGGUCACAUUGUGUACGACUCGAAUCCGUAUUUGUAUUUGCCCAUUGACUUUUGUGGCGGCAUAUUGGAUCAGGUGACCACGCUGGUGCAUAUGGGCGAUGGACGCGUCUAUGAUCCGCUGAUUGGCCAGUGGAUGUCGCCGGAUUGGCAGCGCGUGGCGGAGCGCAUUAUAACACCCACGCGACUGCAUCUGUAUCGCUUCAAUGGCAACGAUCCCAUCAAUGUGGACGAGCAGCAGCGACGUCAUUAUCCGGCUAACUUUGCCAGCUGGAUGCGCACGCUGGGCUAUAACAUAGGGAAUCUGAUGCCGCAGCUAAGCAAGCAGCUGUGGCAGCCACCAGCGCUCUGGGGUCGUCCGCCAGCCAAUCCCAUUGCGCUCAACAUGCGUCGUCCGUUCGAUAAUAUUCCCACCAUGGCCGUUGAGAGCGGCUUUCUGGCUCAUUUGAAUGUCAGACGCAUGUCGGACUUUGAGCAGCUAUCGGCGCCGCCGCGUUCGGCGCUCAAAUGUGAUGUGAUGGAUCCAUCACCACGCAGCAUUGGCUCCGAUACGGAGCCGCCAUUUGGCAAGGGCAUUGUCGUCUCGCGCACUGCCGACGGGCAGGCGAUUGUGUCCAGUGUGCCCGCAGCCAAUGCAAUUUAUCGCGAUGUCUACACGAGCGUCUUUAAUCGCUCCAAGCUGCUGCCCUUCACCUUUGUGGUGCACAAUGCGCAGCAGGAUUCGUUCUUCUUUGUCAAGGAGGAUGCGUGGCGUGCGAGCGAGGAUCGUCAGCAGCUGAAGCGGCUGCAGGGACAGGUGAACACCACGUUCCAUGAGAUAACACGUGAGCCGAAUCCCUCAGUGGGUGGCACAACUGUAAGUCCAGCUGCUGCUGCUGCUGCUGGUGGCGGCGGCGGCGCUGGCAACUAUUUGGAUGUUAAAAUCCAUGGCGCUCAUGCAAUUAUCAAUUUGCGCUAUGGCACCACCGUGGCCAAGGAGCAGCAGCGUCUGAUGCAUCAUGCCAAGCUCACGGCUGUGCGCAAGGCCUGGCAUCGGGAAAAGGAAGCGCUGCGCAGCGGUCUAACCAGCGCGCUCGAGUGGACGCAGCAGGAGAGCGAUGAGAUCCUAAAGCAAAGCUAUGCCAACAACUAUGAGGGUGAGUACAUACACGAUGUGACGCUCUAUCCGGAGCUGGCCGAGGAUCCGUACAACAUAAAGUUCGUAAAGAAAAAGGGCGCCACAGGCGGCGCCGCCGGUGUGCCCAACAUGCGUCGGCGACGCAGUCCGCUUAACUGGGCCAACAUUAUAGGCAGCGAUGGCAGCAGCAGCAGCAGCAGCAGCAGCAGCACCGCCGAGACUGAGGAGCCAGCGGUGGCCUGUUAGCUUAACAAUCCAAGCCAACAACCGAACUAAAUUAAAAUAUUUAAACAAUAUAAAUUAAUUACACACACACACACAGACAGGC